AUGACUUCCUCCAUUCCAGUGCCAUCCGCCGAUUUCGUCCAUCACGGAGCAGCUCCUGCAGAGUGCCCCUAUGACCCCUUCUCCACCUGGACGGCUCCUUCCUUUGCGCUGCCUGUGCAGCCAUGGGUGGCUGCGGUGCAAGGAGGGCGGGUGGCUGAUCGUGGCCUACGCACCAUGCGUGGAGGAGAGGCCCGGAAGGCUGCGGAGGAGAAAGUUUUCGGCGCCAGGCUGGGCUUUGUGGUGAUGAGGUUGCGAAGAGCCUCCACCGAAUGGCUCAAGCAGCAGAGGAGGCUGUGCAAAGCACAGCUACCGGAGCUGCACGCCGCGGCCGAGAAGAUGUGGAAGGAUGAACUGGCGAAGGGACUGCCGACGGCUGAGAGUUUUGAAUCAGCUUCAGAGGAUGAGUUCGAGGAGUGUGAAACAAUGUCCCCAAGCUCCAGCAUCAGCGACAGUGUGCCGCCUUUGUUCGACGAUGUGGAGGAUCCAGUGAAGCACAUCGAUCGAGCAAAACUGCGCAGCAUGAAACAGGCUUUUGUGCUUGCAAUGUGCAACAGGCCUUCGAUUGGCUCGAAGUGCUCGAGCUCUGGUGUCGACUUUCCCAUUGCCCUGAGGUCUGCAGGUCUUGAAGAAUCUGCAGCGAGCUGGCCGGCGGGACCUGCCUGGAAGGCCCGAGUUGGCAGCAAUGCCAGGGAUGUUUUCCAGCCGGGGCCGGCCUCCGGACCUAGGGCGAGGCUCUUGUGGAAGACCUUCUGCGAAUGCUUCGAAAGCCAAGAGUUCUUUACGACUGAGGCUGGUGGUGGCGUGGCCUUGCUUGGGGACCUUCAAGAGCCCCUUCCAGACGGCGAAUUUGCAUUUGUGCAACCGUUUCACAGCAGGCUGGGCAAUCCGAUCGACUGUUUGGUCUAUGUAAAGCAUAUUGAGCUUGACGGCUGCCCUUAUCUUCUAGCUCUGCACUCAUACUUGCCGAACGACUGCAGCCUUGAGGACGAAUUCUGCAAGUUAGGUUCGCAACUUGACGAAGUCAUCUCCGAAUUGGCCUCCGAGUUCUUCUAUUAUGCCGCAAUGCGGCGCCAGAGGACUUGCCGUGAGAGCCGUAGCAGUACAGCGGGGAUGCAGUGA